AUGCAACUGAAUGGCUCCCUUUUCGGAGCUCUCAUCCUCGUCCUCCAGAGUCUUCAGCUUGUACAAGCAGAGAACCUCAUCCAAGCCACCGGGCUGACACAAUGUUCCGAUAGUGCCGAAGUGACCGUCAAUAACUUCAAUGCGAUAUUCACGCCAAACAACAAGUCCAUCAGCAUCAUCUUUGAUGGCUAUUCCGAAGUGGCCGGAGAUGUGCUCAUUGACGUGGACCUCCUGGUGUACGGAUACAAGGCGUUUACCAAGUCGUUCGAUCCAUGCAGUCUCGAUUUGUCGGUGUUUUGUCCUAUGAAAGCAAUUGAACUGCAAAUUCCCAAAAUCACCCAAACAUUGGGCGACAGUGUCCUCUCGCAAAUACCAUCGAUCGCCUAUAGCGUCCCCGACAUCGAUGCAGUGAUUCGGCUCAGGCUCAAGUACAAAAAUUCAGGUAAACAGAUCACUUGUUUGGAGACCCGUGUCCGCAAUGGGAAAACAGUCUACCAGCGUGGUGUGUCGUGGACACUCGCUGUCAUCACCGGUCUUGGUCUCAUCAUGUCCACGGUCAUAUCGCUUCUUGGCCAUUCGAACACGGCUACCCAUCUCGUCUUCCGAUCGCUUGCAUUCCUCGGAUUCAUUCAAACACAGGCGAUGGUUGGGAUGUGUUCAAUGGCAUUGCCGCCGUUUGUGCAAUCCUGGACUCAGAACAUGCAAUGGAGCUUAGGAAUUGUGCAGCUGGAUGCUCUGCAGACAAUUGCGACCUGGUUUCAGCGCGCCACCGGGGGUACACCUUCGACCGUGCUUGAAUCGGCGAGUACUGCAUCUGUCGUCUUACAGAAGCGUUCCGCCGGGAUCCAUCGCAGAGCCGCAGAGGAAGGAACUCAAAUUCUUCUUCGCGGUAUUAAACGGGUUGGAAUUCGCGAAAACAUCGAACUGAGCAACAUCUUUAUGACCGGAUAUCUAUUCUAUUACUUCGUCACCGCAGUCAUCGUCAUCUGUGUAGGGUUGGUUCUCCUAGUCCGGAGUGUUUUAGCCAAGAAACAGACAAUGCUUCCAAAGUUGGAUCGUGCCAUCAGUGUCACCGCAGAUUGGAAAACCAUCCUCCGCAAUACCUUCUUCCGGCUGGCAUGCAUCGGAUACCCACAGAUGUGUAUCCUAUGUCUCUGGGAACUGACUCGUCACGACUCAGCCGCUGAAAUUGUCCUGGCCAUUACCAUGUGGCUGGUCACGACUGCCGUCUUAGCCUUUGCCACAUUCAAGGUGUUCCAACGCGCGAUACGGUCGAAACAGCAGCACAACACACCUGCGUACACGCUCUACUCCGACCCGGCCACUCUGAACCAGUGGGGUUUCCUAUACAUCUACUAUCGCGCUCCGGUCUAUUACUUCAUUGUCCCAGCUCUGGUCUACAUCAUUGUUAAAGGAAUGGUUAUUGCCUUCGCUCAGCCUUCACCGAUCGCCCAGUCGAUCAUUCUGCUCGUUUUGGAACUCUCCAUGAUGCUCGCAACCUCCAUAAUCAAGCCGUUCAUGAGCAAGGGGGCUAAUGUCGCUGCAAUCACGAUGACGGUAAUGAAUUCGCUCAAUACGAUAUUCAUGCUUGUUUGGACGAAUAUCUUUGACCAACCUGAGCUCAUGACUGGCAUCCUGGGGGUAAUCUUCUUCAUCCUGAAUGCGCUUCUCACUCUCUUGCUCCUGAUCUACCUUUUGGUUGGUAUGGUUUACGCCAUUUUCUUCAAGAAGCCCGACACCAAGUACAAACCUCUUGGCGAUGACCGUGACUCUUUCCGCUGGUCUCGCACCGGAACGACGACUGAGUUGUCGUCCCUCGAGAAGAUCGCAAGAGGCGAGGACGACACAGAAGGCCACCCUCAUCCCCCGCCCGUGGUCACUGCUCCGCCCAGCGACGAAGAUGUGUCAAUGGCAGCCAAAAGGCCAUAUAAUGAUGUUGUGGACCCUUCGCUGCCGCUCUUCCCAGCCAGCUAUGAACGCACGCAACGAUAG